CCAGGGAAUUGUUGUACACAAAGUUUGUAGAAGUGGAGGCAGAAAUGAAGUCAUCAGUUGUGUCUCUCUAGUGCUUGCAGAAGCCGGACCUGGCCAGCGACACGAAGGACAAGGAGUACAAGCCCCACGACAUCCCCCAGAGGCAGUCGGUCCAGCCCUCGGAAAGCUGUCCCCCCGCCCGCCGCGCCAAGCGCCUGAGGGCAGAGGCAACCAAUAUUAAGACUGAAUCUGACGCUCCCGAAGCCAGAACUCACAAUCUGAGGCGCAGGAUGGGAUGUGCACCUCCCAAGUGUGAAAGUGAAAAGGAAAUUCAUAGCACAGUGAAACUUCCUGAGAAGAAAGAACAAGCUGGGGAGCCAGAGAAAGACAAAUCCAAAGUCCGAUCCAAAAAACCCACUAAUGCUGUGGAUUUGUAUGUGUGUCUCUUAUGUGGCAGUGGUAACGAUGAGGACCGUCUCCUGUUGUGUGAUGGCUGUGAUGACAGUUACCAUACUUUUUGUUUAAUUCCACCCCUUCAUGAUGUUCCCAAAGGGGACUGGAGGUGUCCCCAGUGUUUGGCUCAGGAGUGUAAUAAGCCUCAAGAAGCAUUUGGGUUUGAACAAGCAGCAAGGGACUACACGCUUCGGACGUUUGGAGAAAUGGCAGAUGCCUUCAAGUCAGACUAUUUUAACAUGCCAGUACACAUGGUCCCCACCGAGCUGGUUGAAAAGGAAUUCUGGAGACUUGUUAGUACCAUUGAAGAGGAUGUGACAGUAGAAUAUGGAGCUGAUAUUGCUUCAAAGGAAUUUGGCAGUGGCUUCCCAGUUAGGGGUGGGAAAUUUAAAGUGAGACCAGAUGAAGAGGAAUACCUUGAUAGUGGCUGGAACUUAAACAACAUGCCUGUGAUGGAGCAGUCUGUUCUUGCUCACAUCACUGCAGACAUAUGUGGGAUGAAGUUACCCUGGCUGUAUGUGGGGAUGUGCUUUUCCUCAUUUUGUUGGCAUAUAGAAGACCACUGGAGCUACUCCAUUAACUAUCUGCAUUGGGGGGAGCCUAAAACGUGGUAUGGAGCCCCAGGGUAUGCAGCUGAACAGCUGGAGGAUGUGAUGAAGAAGCUUGCUCCAGAGCUGUUUGAAUCUCAGCCAGAUCUCUUGCACCAGCUUGUCACCAUAAUGAACCCCAACACUUUGAUGGCCCACGGAGUGCCCGUUUAUCGAACCAAUCAGUGUGCUGGAGAGUUUGUGAUCACCUUUCCAAGAGCUUAUCACAGUGGCUUCAAUCAGGGUUUCAAUUUUGCUGAAGCUGUGAACUUCUGCACAGUUGAUUGGCUGCCGCUGGGCCGCCAGUGCGUGGAGCAUUACCGGCUGCUGCACCGCUACUGCGUCUUCUCCCACGACGAGAUGAUCUGUAAAAUGGCCUCCAAGGCAGACGUCCUGGAUGUUGUGGUGGCAUCUAUGGUUCAGAAGGACAUGGCUAUUAUGAUUGAAGAUGAGACGAUGCUGCGUGAGAAGGUUGAUAAACUGGGAGUGACUGACUCAGAGAGAGUGGCCUUUGAGCUGUUUCCUGACGAUGAGCGACAGUGCUUGAAGUGCAAAACCACCUGCUUCAUGUCUGCAGUUUAUUGUCCAUGCAAGCCUGGGCUACUCGUCUGCUUGUACCACGUUGAGGAUCUCUGUUCCUGUCCCACCUACAAAUACAAACUGGGGUACCGCUAUACCCUGGAGGAGCUCUACCCAAUGAUGAAUGCCCUGAAGAUGAGAGCUGAGUCCUACAACGAGUGGGCUUCCAACGUUAACGAAGCUCUGGAGGCAAAGAUUAACAAUAAAAAAAGUCUCAUCAGUUUUAAGGCUUUGAUAGAAGAAUCAGAAAUUAAGAAGUUUCCAGACAAUGAUCUACUGCGACACCUCAGGCUGGUUACACAGGAUGCAGACAAAUGUGCCUCGGUUGCACAGCAGCUUCUUAAUGGCAAAAGACAAACAAGGUACCGCUCUGGGGGAGGGAAGUGUCCCAACCAGCUGACGGUGGACGAGCUGCGGCUCUUCGUGCGGCAGCUCUACGCCCUGCCCUGCCUGCUCAGCCAGACACCCCUGCUCAAGGAUCUUCUCGAUCGCGUGGAAGCUUUCCAGCAGCAAAGUGAAAGGCUCCUGUCUGAAGAAAUGCCCAGUGCUGCAGAGCUGCAGGAGCUGCUGGAUGUCAGCUUCGACUUCGACGUCGACCUGCCCCAGCUGGGGGAGCUGCGGACGCGGCUGGAGCAGGCGCGCUGGCUGGAGGAGGUGCAGCUGGCUUCCUCAGAGCAGAACUCCCUCACUCUAGACGACAUGAGGCGUCUGAUAGACUCAGGGGUUGGACUCGCCCCCUACCCAGCAGUUGAGAAAGCGAUGGCAAAGCUGCAGGAGCUCCUUACUGUGUCUGAACACUGGGAUGACAAAGCCAGAAAUCUGAUAAAGGCCAGGUAGAAGCUAAACCUUAGUGCUGCAUUUUGUAGUUCCACGAGCUGUUUAAACUGGAAACAGUUGGCUUCACUUCUGAAGGGGCUCUCUUUUGUUCACAACCUGAAGGCAAAAGUUGUGCCAUCCAGAAGGGGAAGGGCUGGAGGUGGGAAACAAGUGAUUGAGUGA